UUUUUGGCCGAGUUUGUUUUAUUUAUUUUUUUAUUUAGCCUCUUUUUUUAAUUGUUAGAUUUAGAUUCAACCCAGGAAAAAAUAUGUAAGGGAAAAAAAAAAAAAAAAAAAGGAAACAAAACAAAAGAAGAACAAAGAGGAAUCCAAAUCUAAAGAAAGAAAGGAAGGGAAAAAAAAAAAAAAAAGGGAAAAACCGAAUCCAAAUCAUAUAGUCUGGAUCUGUUAUUUUGAUUUUUUUUUUUUUUUUUGGUUGGGGGGGGUUAUGGAUUCUUGAUCAUAAAAUUGUAUCUCUGUUAUUAAUUAGAUCAGUGGGGUACCAAUCACAAAAAAUCAUUACUUUCAAUGGCUUCCCCAACUGGAAUUAUUCCAAAUCCAAAUUUAAAUCCAAAUCAAAAUCAAAACCAAAAUCUAAACCAAACCCAGUUCCAGCUCCACCAUCACCAACAACAACAUCAGCAGCAACAAGCAGCUGGUGGAGGUCACUUUGAUAUGCAAAAGCUCUACAAACCCUCUUCUUCUUCUUCUUUAAGUCCCACCCCUUCACCUCCUCCUAUUUCCCCAAACAUCAAUCUCAACACAACUCCUUCUCUUCCUUCUUCUUCUUCUCCUUCUUCUUCUUCAUAUCCUACCACUUCCUCUUCUUCUUACCCUCCUCCAACUGGUCCUUCUUACCCAUUUCAUCCCCAGUACCUUCCUUACCAUCAUCAGCAACAUCUAAACCACCACCUUCCCAACAUUUCCAUGCAGCCACCGACCCAACAGCAGAGACCCAUUUCCUACGCACCCACUUCCCCAAAUUCAAACAUCACAGGCGGUGCCCGCUUGAUGGCCCUCUUGAGCAACCAAAAGCCUCCCGAUUUGCAGUCUACGGCGACUGUCCCUUUCUCCUCCUCGGCGACGUCCAGUCCUCAACUGCCGCCCGACUUCUCAGUCUCCUCGUCGUCGUCGACGACGACCCCUUCGGCUCCGCCUCUCAGUUUGGCGACCCAGCAGAACCCCACCACAGCCACCCCAAUGAGGUUGCCUAGCAGAAAAGUUCCCAGGGGACGACAUUUGAUAGGCGAGAGAGUCGUUUACGACAUCGAUGUCAGAUUGCUAGGUGAAGUUCAGCCUCAGCUGGAAGUUACUCCCAUCACCAAAUAUGGCUCCGAUCCUGGUCUCGUUCUUGGCCGUCAGAUUGCGGUCAACAAAUCUUAUAUAUGUUAUGGACUCAAGCUUGGUGCGAUCCGGGUUCUUGAUAUAAAUACUGCUUUGCGAGCUUUGCUUCGUGGCCAUAACCAGAGAGUGACAGAUAUGGCUUUCUUUGCUGAGGAUGUUCACCUUUUGGCCAGUGCGAGUGUUGAUGGGCGGGUUUUCAUAUGGAGGAUUGCUGAAGGCCCAGAUGAGGAGGACAAACCUCAAAUUACUGGGAAAAUUGUUGUUGCCAUCCAGAUAGUAGGAGAGGGAAAACCAGUCCAUCCAAGACUCUGUUGGCAUCCUCACAAACAAGAAAUUUUAGUGUUCGCAAUUGAGAACCGUAUCCUGAAAAUUGAUACGACAAAAAUCGGAAAAGGGAAAAUGUUUUCAGCUGAGGAACCGCUUAAAUGUCCCCUUGAUAAGCUGGUUGAUGGGGUCCAGUUAGUUGGUAACCAUGAUGGUGAAAUUACUGAGUUGUCAAUGUGCCAGUGGAUGAAGAGCCGGUUAGCUUCAGCAUCAGUAGAUGGCACGGUGAAGAUUUGGGAGGACCGUAAAGCGCCACCAAUUGCUGUGCUAAGACCUCAUGAUGGUCAACCUGUCAAUUCUGUGACAUUCUUAACUGCUCCUCAUCGCCCUGAUCACAUUGUUCUUAUCACAGCGGGCCCACUGAAUAGGGAAGUGAAGAUGUGGGCCUCUGAAAGUGAGGAGGGAUGGUUGUUGCCUAGUGAUACAGAAUCAUGGCAGUGUACUCAGACUCUGUAUAUUAUGAGUUCUGCAGAAACCAAGGCUGAGGAUGCAUUCUUUAAUCAAGUUGUUGCACUGCCUCGUGCAGGCCUAUUUCUACUUGCAAAUGCCAAAAAGAACGCCAUAUAUGUUGUGCAUAUUGAAUAUGGGUCUAAUCCAACUGCAACCCGAAUGGAUUACAUCGCUGAAUUCACCGUCACAAUGCCCAUCUUGAGUCUUACUGGGACUAGUGAUAGUUUACCAGAUGGAGAUCUUGGCGUUCAGGUCUACUGUGUUCAAACACAAGCUAUUCAGCAGUAUGCACUGGACUUAUCUCAGUGCUUGCCACCUCCUAUAGACAACACUGAGUUGGAGAAAGCAAAUCCCAGUGCUUCUCAAGCUUUUGAUGCUUCUGAUGGUUCUGCUGUUUUUGAAUCACUACAGACAAGUGAAGCAUCAGAAAUAUCUGUUGGUAAUUUGUCUUCUAUGCCUUAUAUGAGCUCUGAAAGUUCUCUAUUAACUGUCCAGCCUGUAAAGUUGGCUUCUUCUGAUCCUAAAAGCUUACCUGACGUUGCUUCUUCUGGAAUUAAUGCUGAGCCAAUACCUUUGCCAUCUCAUAGUGGAAUUGAAAACUUGCAUCCUCCAUCACCUCCUCUUCCUUUAAGUCCAAGGUUGUCCAGGAAUUUAUCUGGUUUUAGGAGUUCUGGGAAUAGCAUUAUCAGUGAUCAUGGUAGUGACCAGUCAAUUCUUGUUCAUUCAUUUGACCAGAGAAUGGACUCUGUCAAAGAUAACAAUGCUGAUACAUCUUCCUCACGUGACAACCAGAGGAAGGGGGAUAAAAAUGGCGCAGAGGAUGAUAAUUCUGUGCUUCCUAGUUCUUCUGCAGUGUUUAAACGUCCAACCCAUCUGGUAACUCCAUCUGAGAUACUAGCUGUAUCUGCUUCAUCUUCUGAGAAUUCUCAGUUUGGUCAGGGUAUGGGUGUCGUGGAGGCAAAGGUUCAAGAUAUUGUUAUCAGCAAUGAUGCAGAUAGCAUAGAAAAAGAGGUUAAAGUUAUUGGUGAAAUGCAAACCGGUAACAAUAUUGAGUCUGAUGUCCAUGGGGAAGCCCAGGUUAUCCCAGCAGAGAAAAAGGAAAAAUCAUUUUACUCCCAGGCCUCUGGUCUUAGCUUUCAGGUGGCAAGAGACUGUUGUGUGGAAACAUAUAGUGGAGAGGGUGUUCUGCAGGGUAAUAAUGUUGGUGUUACAAAGGCACUAGAGCAACCUCCAACCACCAGUGAGGAAGAAGUUCAAGAUUCAAAAGCUGGUGAGUUAGAAGCUUCAGCAACUGUUUUGCCGCCCCCUGUGCAAGCUUCGAAAGGCAAAAGGCAGAAGGGGAAAAAUUCUCAAGUAUCUGCUUCAUCUUCCCCUUCUCCAAGCCCUUUUAACUCCACCGAUUUAUCCAAUGAACCAGAUGGAAGUUCAGGUGCUUCAGCUGCAGCAGCUACCUUUCCCCAGUUAUCAACUAUGAAAGAUACGCUGGAUCAGUUGAUGAGUAUGCAAAAAGAACUGCAGAAGCAGUUGAAUGUGAUGGUUUCUGUCCCAAUUACGAAAGAAGGUCGACGACUAGAGGGAUCCUUGGGCCGGAGUUUGGAGAAAGUUGUCAAGGCUAACACAGAUGCUUUGUGGGCUCAUUUCCAAGAAGAAAAUGCUAAGCAGGAAAAGUUAGAACGAGACCGUACACAGCAAAUAAUGAACUUGAUGACCAAUUUUGUAAACAAGGACUUGCAGGCCAUGUUGGAGAAAAUUCUGAAGAAGGAAAUAGCUGCAGUUGGACCAGCUGUAGCUCGUGCAGUUACUCAAAUUCUGGAGAAAACCGUAAAUUCAGCAAUCACUGAGUGCUUCCAGAAAGGAGUCGGAGAAAAGGCAGUGAGUCAGUUGGAGAAAUCAGUUCAUUCAAAACUUGAAGCAACUGUGGCUAGGCAAAUUCAGUCACAGUUUCAAACUUCUGGAAAGCAAGCUCUUCAGGAUGCAUUGAGGACUAGUUUAGAAGCAUCAAUGAUUCCGGCAUUUGAGAUGUCAUGUAAAAACAUGUUUGAGCAAGUUGAUGCCACAUUACAGAGAGGGCUUAUCAAACAUACAGUUGCUGCUCAGCAACAGUUUGAGUCCACACAUUCUCCACUGGCUGUUACUCUGAGGGAUGCAAUUAAUUCAGCAUCAACAAUCACCCGAACCUUGAGUGGUGAAUUAGCGGAUGGCCAACGAAAACUGUUAUCCUUUGCCACUGCAGGUGCCAACUCGAAAGCAACAAGUACCUUGGCAACACAGCUAAGUAAUGGACCAUUGCCUGGUCUACAUGAGAUGGUUGAGGCACCUGUUGACCCAAUUAAAGAACUAUCUAGAUUGGUUGCCGAGCAGAAAUUUGAGGAAGCAUUCACUGCUGCCCUGCACAGGAGUGAUGUCUCGAUAGUUUCCUGGUUAUGUUCUCAGGUGGAUUUACAGAGGAUCUUGUCACUAGUGCCACUCCCACUAAGCCAAGGAGUUCUUCUGGCCCUUCUUCAGCAAUUGGCGUGUGAUAUUAGCAAUGAUACACCUAAAAAGCUGGCAUGGAUGACAGAUGUAGCUGUCGCCAUAAAUCCAACAGACCCAAUGAUCGCAUUGCAUAUCCGACCCAUCUUUGAACAGGUCUAUCAGAUACUGAGUCAUCACCGGAACAUACCCACUAUCUCGCCUUCAGAAGCAAGCAGCAUUCGCCUUCUUACGCAUGUAAUCAACUCUGUGUUAAUGAGCUGUAAAUGAUUAUUGUUGGCCCUUAUUAGCCCUGUAAGCGGAAAGAUAAAAUUUGUUGUAUAGAAAACCAAGUGUAGGAAGUUAAGGGGUGGGAGAGAAGGAUACGUUUGUUCAGAUGGGUUUGGAUUGUUGAUGAUUUGUGUAAAAUAGUUUCCAUUAAUGUUUUGCAACGCUUUUCUUUUGAUUGUACACAACCCAUUGUUAUUACCCUCCUUUAUCAGUGGAUGUAACAUAAGACUUGCGCACCUGUAUAUAUAUAUAUAUAUAUAUUAUCUAUUAGUAUGUUUAUGUAA